UGGUUUUGGAGGGAGGGGGUCAGGGUGCUGGGUGGUGACAACAGACCUAAAUAAAAAUGUGGAAGUGAAAGUGUCAGCGGCAGUUGCUCUGUCACGCGGCAGUCAGAGAUGGACAAGUUCAAGGCUGUCCUGAGCAUCGCCAGCAAGCAGCCCAACCUCGGGUUUGUGGCCCUGCUGACGGCCGGGGGGGAGCAGAUCUUCUCCUCGGCGGUUUUCAACUGCCCCUGCAGCGACCUGAACUUCGUCUACGGCAUGGUGUUCCUGCUCGUGCCCGCCCUGGCGCUGCUGCUGCUGGGUUUCAUCCUGAGCCAGAAGACUUGGAAGCUACUGACGGGCGCAUGCCGGCGCGGGGCCGUGCAGUGCCGGUGGGGGGGGCUGACCGCCACCUGCAUGGCGCUCUUCCAGAUCAGCUUCGCUGCGAUGGUGGCCCCCUCCAGCUGGAUCGCGGUGGCCCUGCUUAACGGGAACUACUACGAGUGUGCGAUGACCGGGACCAACGUGAGCGCGUACGAAAGGCACCUGUGCGGAAAGACGAGCUCCCUGGGAAAGUGUCAGCAGCAGCUGCACAGGUACCCCUGCAGGACGGGCAGCGACGUCCCGGACAGGGAGGACGUUCUGCUCAGACUGAAAGCUCAGUCUCAGAUCAUUGGCUGGCUGCUCAUCACCUCCAUCAUGUUGUCCAAUCUGCUGCUGACCUGCGUGGCUCGGUGCACCUCCCCCAUCAGCUACCUGCAGCUCAAGUUCUGGGGAGCGUACGUCCAGGAGGAGAGCAACCUGAUGGAUUCAUACGGCGCCAAGCACGCCAAAGAGCUCGCCGAGAGGAACCUGAAGAGCUUUUUCGGCAAUAAACUUCCCGAGAACAUCAUCACCCCUUCCAACAAGGACUGGGAAAAUAUCUCCUCCCUCUACAAGUUCAGCACCAGAGACCACUACUACAGCAACCUGCACCGGUACGUGGAGAUCUGUCCGGAGGCCGACAACCGCAUGAUGAGGAUGGGCUCGACCAUGUUGAGCGAGGCCGCAGAAAACACCCCGGCUGUUCUCGAUUUUAUAGACGAAGGCAGGGUGGGGCUGCGAAGUGGUCUUUAAGCAUC